AAUUCUAACCUUAUCUAAAAUGUCAACAUCAGACAUAACACGUAAUAAAUGGAUUUAAUCGGAUUUUUUACCCACUCAAAAUGUUAUUCAAUCACAACAAGGUUUUUUAUAUACUUAUUAUUACAACAAUUAAUAUAGCAAAUGGCAUCCGGACUUACACAAAAAAUGAUUUAAUCAAAUUGAGAGAGGAAGUAAGAGAAAUGUUUUAUCAUGCUUACGACAGCUAUUUAAAAUAUGCAUACCCUUACGAUGAGCUUAGGCCUAUAAGUUGUGACGGAAUAGAUACUUACGGAAGUUACUCGCUCACGUUAAUUGAUGCUUUGGGGACACUAGCAAUCAUGGGCAAUCACUCAGAGUUUCAAAGAGUCGUUCAAAUUUUAACGGCAAAACCCGACUUUGAUGCAAAUAUUAACGUUUCUGUCUUUGAAACGAAUAUAAGGAUUGUUGGCGGACUUCUAAGUGCGCAUUUGUUGUCCCAUAGGGCAGGUGUUAAAUUGGAGCCAGGGUGGCCGUGCAAUGGCCCUUUACUAAGACUAGCUGAAGAUGUAGCCAAGAGGUUAAUUGUAGCCUUUGACACUAAAACAGGGAUGCCUUACGGCACCAUAAACUUGCGAAAAGGGGUUCCUAAGGGUGAGACAGCAGUCACCUGUACUGCCGGUAUAGGUACUUUCAUUUUGGAGUUUGGUACUCUCAGUAGGCUCACUGGAGACCCACUUUAUGAAGAAAUUGCACUUAACGCACUUUAUGCCCUUUACAACCACAAAUCGCCGUUAGGCCUUUAUGGCAACCAUAUUGACGUGGAAACAGGGCGUUGGACCUAUCAGGACGCAGGGAUAGGAUCAGGGGUUGACUCAUUUUUUGAAUAUUUGGUCAAGGGUUCGAUUUUAUUGCAACGGCCGGAAUUAUUAGAAAUGUUUCACGAAGCGAGAAAAUCAAUUGAUAAAUAUUUGAAAAAGGACGAUUGGUAUAUGUGGGUUUCUAUGACUAAAGGUCAGGUCACGAUACCAGUAUUUCAGUCACUGGAAGCCUAUUGGCCUGGAGUGUUAAGUCUGAUUGGUGAUACAAGUUCUGCAAUGAAGACUCUACACAAUUACCAUCAAGUGUGGCUCCAGUAUGGUUUUACCCCUGAAUUUUAUUACAUUCCUCAAUCUGAAGCCGGGACUAAUAGGGAGAGUUACCCUCUAAGACCGGAGUUAAUUGAAUCAAUUAUGUACCUCUAUAGGGCUACCGAAGAUCCGUUUUUGCUUCAAGCUGGUGAAGAUAUCUUACGGAGUAUUCAGCAUAGCGCAAGGACACCUUGUGGCUAUGCCACUAUUAAGGAUGUCAGGGAUCAUAGAAAGGAAGAUAGAAUGGAAUCUUUUUUCCUUUCUGAGACUACAAAAUAUUUGUAUCUUCUUUUUGACACAGAAAAUUUUAUUCAUAAUCAAGGCCAACAUGGAACUGUCAUUAAUACCCCAAAUGGGGAAUGUAUUAUUGAGACUGGGGGUUAUAUUUUCAACACUGAAGCUCAUCCACUUGACCCUGCCGCUUUGCAUUGUUGCCAUGAUAUGCCCAAGUUAAAUUUAGUAAAUUUUAAUGAUCUCGAAGAGAAGAAGAGUCUUUUUCGUGGUGAUAGUAUCAAUGAACGCAGGAAUUAUAUCAAUAAAAAUGUUUGUCCUGAAACAGAAGAUGAAGAUAAAGCUAUUUCAAAUAAAACUGAUGAAAUUGCCGUUGAUGAAAUCACAACAGAAUCGAGCAAUAGUUACGUCAAGUUAGAGGACAAUGAUAAUGUCAGUCAGAAAAUCAAUUUCGAAGAAAAUGUGACCCUGAAAAAUGAAGAAAACAAGAAAUCAAAGUCGGGUAAAAAAUUCGACGAGCAAGAAAUGUUGGAACGUUUCCGUACCGAAAGUAAAAACAAUCGAAACACAACAUGGGAGACCAAUUACAAGCUACUCACUUGCAAGGCCCAACCAUUCCUCCAGAAACUAUCAAUCCUCGGCGAGUUUUUCAAAUAUAUUUAAAUUUGUUACGUUUGUAAUAUAACAAAUCAAAUAAAUAAACAACAAAAACAUCUAC